AUGACGAGAGGGGCAGUAAUCACUGCUCAAGCAGUAGAGUCGGCGUUGCUGAAGGCUGGCAAAGCAAGACGAUGGGGAGCACAUCUUAGUGUCCAGCAAAUUCUUGACUAUGACGAGAGGGCUUUUGGGUGUGAGGGCGGCAGUGCACCGACUUCAUUCUCCUACGUUCACAAGGCCGGGCUCACUGCCGAGUCCAUCUAUCCGUAUCAAAAUCGACAAAACUCUCGACUGACCCGAAAGAAGCAGUUUCCAGUUCUGGCGAGAAUCUCCAACUACUGCGUUCGAGGGCGCAUUCACAUGCCAGUCUACGCUCGUGACUACCUGACGGACGAGGACAUUGAGCGGGAACUUGUUGCACACGGCCCCCUCUACGCGCUGAUUCACGGCGAGGGACACCUUCUGCAGAACUACAAAUCCGGCAUCAUCGACGAUGAGGCCUGCUCAAAGAUAACCAACCAUGCGUGUCUCAUUGUCGGCUACGAUGAAGAGGCCUUCAUACUGCAGAACAGCUGGGGACGCUACUGGGGAGAGAAUGGCUACUUCAGAGUGGCAAAGGGCAAAAAUGUUUGCGGAUAUUUAACGGAAAUAGCGUAUGCUCUUCCCUAA